GUGAAAGCAGGCUUCUUUGGAGCAGGCAGCCUGCCUUGUUAGCUCACAUUUACCAACGAAGCUGCAGAGAAAUGACUUGUGAUCGCAAAAAGGACGAGAUUAUCACAGACAUUACUCUGAUCAUUGAUGGGAAGAUGAUUGGAGACAUAGAUGUUAAAAAGUGGAUUCCUGAUAACUACCGUCUUGAGAAAACUGGUUCCUUUUACAGAGUGUUCAGUAGAGACUUUAAUAAGGUGCAGCAGCUUGUAAAGCAACUUGUUUCCACACAAGGACAGGCUGCUCCUCCAACUGCCUGCGCCGCAACAUCUUCAGUACCUGUGAACGCAGUUGUGAUGGAAUACAUAAAAAAAAAAUAUGAUGAAAAACUAAAGAGAAUACAAGGCCGUUUUGUCAUUGAGUUCAAAGCAGCAAACAGUGACCCCCAGAGCACAGCACAGGUUAACUUCAGAGCCCCAAGUGAAUCAGCUUACUCUUCUGACAGGGUGCGUCUGGACUUUGUGAGGCAGAGGUUUAUCACUUUCUACCAGAGAACUGCCUCUGACCUGCAGCUAACAUCUCUUCAUGUGGCUCCACAUCGAGCUGAGGAUCUGCAGAGAAAGUUUCCUCUCCUGAUUUUUAAAUCAGGCUCUAGCAAAGACACAACAGUCUGUGGACCUUUUGCACAUGUGCAAAAACUGAAAGAGUUUCUUUCACAAAAACCAAAGAAUUCAGGCUACAGUCCAGUUAAAAGGGAUCCAGCAAGAAGUCAAAGCUAUAAAUCAUCUGCUUCUUCGCCCAAACUAAGCAAACCUCCUGGCAACGAGACAUGUCCAAUCUGUAUGGAGCCAAUCCCACCAGAGAAGAAAAAGGCCCUGCAGUGCAAGCAUUCCUUCUGCAAAGACUGUCUCCAAAGAGCCUUUGACUACAAACCAGUUUGUCCCAUCUGUGGGGAGGUGUAUGGAACCUUGAAGGGGACACAGCCUGAUGGAGGGACAAUGGACAUCAGCACAUCCUCUGCCUCCUUACCUGGAUAUGAGAGUCAUGGAACAUUAGUCAUCCAUUAUCACAUUCCAAGUGGAAUUCAAAAGGAGAAGCAUCCAAACCCUGGUCAACCAUUCGAAGGUGCAUCCCGAACCGCCUACCUCCCAGACUGCUCUGAAGGAAGGAAGGUCCUGGAGCUGCUCAGGAAAGCCUUUGAUCAGAGGCUCAUCUUCACGAUUGGUCGAUCCAGCACCAGUGGCAGGAACAAUAUGGUGACUUGGAAUGAUAUUCAUCACAAGACAUCAACGCAUGGAGGACCAACUUCUUAUGGAUACCCAGAUCCAGAUUACCUCAACCGAGUCCAAGAAGAGCUAAAAGCCAAAGGCAUCAAACAGGCAUGAAUUUAAGCUCUUGAAAUUGGAAAGGUAACAUUUUACCAGCAUAGAAAGAGCCAUGUACAAUAAUCUCACUGCGUAACUAAUAAUCAUGUGAUGUAAUUCCAGAAUUGUCAGUAUAUUGACAUUAGUCUUGAAUGUAUUCUGUUAUUUCAGCUGCAUUUUUGCUUUUUUGGAGUCAUUUCUGUUGAUCAAGUUAUUAAUAGAAACUGUACAUCUACACUGUCUUUCCUAAUUAAUUGAAAUGUAUUCAGUCAAAUAUUUCUGACAGAGUUAUUUAAUUGCAAGAAAAGUUAUUAGUACUAAACUAAACAAAAAAAAUAGCAAUGUAAAAUAGGGUUAGCUGACAUUUUCAACACCCCCAAAGUUGUAAAUAAAAUAUUUCCAACCAUUGUCGAAUAAGCAGUUACAGAUGGUAGCAAAAACACAGCUGUAAAUAUAUUAAAAUGAAUCAUUUAUUUCUGGCUAAGAAAACAAACCAAAGAAUAUAUAUAUGAAACAUUUACGGAUUGAGUUCAAUUGGACGUUCAACCAGACGUUCAGGAGCUAUCGGCUCAUGAAUCCGUGGCUAUACAGACGGAGCUAAAGCCUGCAGUUUGUCACGUACGCCACCAGGACAGCGUAAAAUAGUUGUAUAUUUAGACAUUAGUAUGAUUAAGAACUAGAACAACAACAAAAGACAUGUUUCCAUUCAAUAAACAUAUUUAAAAUUUAGAUACACAAAAAUAACGGCCAGAGUAACAAGUCAAAAAUAUAAUAGACCAUCAUUUUUCUAAUUUCUUUUUUAAAUGGAAUGUUGUUAAAGAAUUGAUUUCCUAUGAGAAAAUGAAUUGUCACAUACUACAUGGGAGACAUAACAAUUUCUGUAACUGGGCCAUAUUUGGCACGGACAGAUCUGGCCCGAGUCUGGUUGGGUUUCCCAGAUGUGCCAGCAGAAUGCCAGAUCCGGGCCAGGUGGGUCUGCUAUGUGGGUAUUCUCAGAGAAGAGCUUUCCAGAUCCCUCUUGAAAAUAGGAUCUACAGUAGACCUCAAUGUUUGGUUAAAUAAAGGAAAUUAGAAAAUUAAAAACUGACAGAAAUAAGGAGUAGAAUAGAAAAAAACAUAGCAAUGACUCUAAAUGUUCCAGAAACAUAGUUGGAAGCUGAGCUUCUAAAGUAGAAGUUGAGCACAAACUCUUCUGGCUCCUUUUCACAGCUGGGGAACUAAAACAACCUGUUUAUUCAUUUUAGUUCCCCAAAACUUACUAAGUUAACAUUAGCAUCAACGUUCAAAUUAAAUUGGUUUUAACUUUAUAGUUAACAUUGAUUUGUUCAUUGUGAAGUUAAAUCAAUGUCUAAUAAUUUGUAACUUUUUUGU